AGACAACCGGCAGCAGUUUGCCUUUGUUGUUAUUUUAACUCCGAAGCGGGUGCUUUUUUGUUUUUUCGUACAUUUUUAUAAGACUUAGUAGUGUUUCCCAGGCAUUUAUAUAAAUUGUCAUGAGCUUCAAGGGCAAAGAGGCAGCGUCGACGCGCAACGGGACGCCGUCGGGCAGCGCGGUCAAGGUGGGGGCGGACGGGCUGACGGCGGAGGAGCGGCUGUACCAGGAGACAGUGGUGGAGCUGCAGAAGACGUAUGCGAAGAAGAUCAAGCCUUUGGAGCAGUCGUACUGCUUCGAGGGCUUCCACUCGGCACCGCUGACGGCGCAGGACAUUGGGUCGAAGCCAAUGGUGCUUCUGCUGGGACAGUACUCGACAGGCAAGACGACGUUCGUCGAGUACCUGCUGGGCGAGUCGUACCCAGGCGCACACGUGGGGAUUGAGCCGACGACCGACCGCUUCGUGGCAAUCAUGGGAGGGCCCGAGCCCAAGGUAAUCCCGGGCCAUGCCGCGGCAGUAUCGGGGGACCUGCCGUUCUCGGGGCUGACAAAGUUUGGCACCAAGUUCUUGUCGCGGUUCCAGGUGUCGCAGCUCAACAACCCAUUGCUGCAGAACCUGACGAUAGUUGACACACCCGGGAUCCUGUCGGGAUCGAAGCAGGUGCAGCGCGGGUACGAUUUUGUGUCAGUCAUCAGCUGGUUUGCAGAGCGGUCGGAUCUGAUUCUGCUGUUGUUUGACAGCUACAAGCUGGACAUUUCGGAUGAGUUCAAGCAGGCAAUCCAGGCGACGCGCGGGCACGAAGACAAGGUGCGCAUAGUUCUCAACAAGUGCGACCAGGUGAGCCAGCAGCAGCUGAUGCGCGUGUACGGGGCGAUGAUGUGGGCGCUGGGCAAGGUCAUUCCGACGCCCGAGGUCAACCGCGUGUACCUGGGCUCGUUCUGGCCGCAGUACAAAUCGCCACUGCCCAACACAUUCUCCGACAACACCGAGCUGCUGGCGCAGGAGCAGCGCGACCUGCUCCGCGACCUGCGCAGCAUUCCGAAGAAUGCGGCGCUGCGACGCGUCAACGAGAUCGUCAAGCGGGCGCGACAGGCACGCGUCCACGCGCACAUCAUCGGGCACCUGCGCAGCGAGCUGCCGGCGGUGUUUGGCAAAAGCAAGAAGGCCAAGGAGAUGCUGGAGGAUCUGCCCGGCGAGUUCCGCAAGAUCCAGGUGCGGUACAAUCUGCCGCCCGGCGACUUCCCCAAUCCGGACGCGUUCAAGCGCGACCUGGAGGCGUUCAAGAUUGCCGAGUUCAACAAGCUCAGCCAGAAGCUUAUCAGCAACGCCGACGAUGCGCUGGCGGUGGACUUCCCGCGCCUGAUGCAAAAGUUCCCGACCGACGCGCGGCGGUCGCUGGACAUAGCCGAUGAUGACGUGGCGAAGCCGCUGGAGCCGACGCCGCCGCCGUACUCGGCCAUGAGCAGCAGAAGCAGCAGCCGCAAUCCGUUUGGCGCUGGCGACAACCCGGCGGCAUUGCAGUACCUGGGCGUGUUUGUGCGCGAGAGCGACCCGAAGCGCAAGGUGAUUGAUGGAGCGAGCGCAGGCCGGCUCCUGGGCGACUCGGGGCUUGGGCGCGAGGUGCUGCGGCGUGUGUGGGAGAUUGCCGACUGGGAUGGGCGCGGCGAGCUGGACCAGGUGCAGUUCGAGGUGGCCAUGCGGCUGUGCGAGCGCAUCAAGAAUGGCGCCAGUGUGGAGGACGCCAAGCCGGCGGUGCUGGCCGAGCUCGGGCUUGCCAACCGCUUCUACUGAGGAUUAGGUUUCCCCUGUGUGGGGGGAGAACCACUGCAUUCCACCCUUAUACAUCUCCACUGCUGUAUUACAAUUAUCACUAUGCACAUAUUGGUGGCCAGUCCCGAAUGCGGCUGUGCAACGCUGCAUUGUGAUAGGUGUCCCCGUGUCCGCACUUGCAGCUUGCAUGUGGCCUGACGA